AUGCCGCUCCCAUCCGUCUCGAUGGCGGCCCUCCGCUCUCGCGACGCCGCCGCACUCGAGGCGCUCCGCGCGUCGCUCAGCAGCGUCGGGUUUCUUCACCUCUCGGACCACGGCAUCGCCUCCGAGGUCCUCGGCGCGCUGUCCGUUGCCCGAGCCUUUUUCGAGUCGGACGAGGACACAAAGUCGAAAGUUGCCCACCCGCGCAAGGGCUUCAUCCCGGUCGACGGGUGCGUGAACGCCGUCCGGCCGCCGCACCUGCACGAGAAGUUCUCUUGCGGUCGGCUGGCAGAUUCACUCGUGGCGGGCGACCCAUACUAUUCUGGACCGAGCGACGAGGCCGCCCUCUACUUUGGAGACGCCAACCAGUGGCCGGACGAGGCGGACGCGCCCGGCUUCCGCGCCGCGUACGAAGCCGCCUACCGCGCCUUCGAGGGCCUCUGCCUCGACCUGCACGCCGCCGUCGCCGCGGCGCUGCGGCUGCCGCCCGACUUCUUCGACGCCGCGCUGCGCAGACACGUGCUCUACCACGAGGGCGGCGAUGCCUCUGGGCUGCAGAAAAAUCGUUGCUAUCCGCGAGCAGGCUGGCGCUCGCGGCUGAGCCUCGUCUACUUUUGCAUGCCCGGAUACGACACGCGCAUCGAGGCGCCGGCGGCGCGCUACCCGACCUUUCUGUGCGGCCAGCGCUCCCACUUUGCGCAGGGCUUGCGCGACCGGUGCGGCUUGCCCGACCGGCAGCUACUCGCGGCGCAGGCGGGCGCUGCGGAGGGCGGGGCGGGGCGGGCCCGCGGCUCCCCCCUCCCCCGCGGCGAGGCGGAGGAGGCGGCGGAGCCUGCGAAGCGGCGCCGCGCCCUCCCUCUGUGCAGACUCGCCCCCGAGCUAUUGCGGCAGUGGCGCGCCAGAGGGUUCGCGGUGGUGCGGUCGGCGCUCGCACCGGCAGAGGUUGCGGCGCUGCGGCGCGAGAGCGACGCGCUGCAGGCGGCGCUCGAGGGUGCGGGCGGAGACUUGCUCGAGGAGCAGUGCGUGCUCGAGGUGCCCGCCUCCGGCCCACCGCCCGAAGGCCACCCGGCGCGAGUCGACCCCGCCGCCUACUUCGCCCACCGAGGCGCCGCCGCCGCCGACGCGGCCCCCCUCCGCCACAUUGCCCUCGAGGCCCUUCCCGCGCUGGCAGCGGAGGCGCUUCGCCCCGCGCCGUGCGCCGCCGCCGCAGACGACGCCGCCACCGCCGAGGCCGACGCCACCGCCGCCGCCACUGAAACCGCCGCCGUCUCCGCGACCGCCGCCGCCGCCGCAGACGACACCGCGGCCGAGCUUGCCGUCUGCCUCUUCAACGAGCACUACGUUGUCAAGCCGGCGGGGCGCGGAGGCGGCUUCGCGUGGCACACGGACGGGG